UCACUUUCUUGUUGUCUUCAUCUUAGCAUUGCAAGCUGUAUCCUAAUUUGCCCCCAAUCCCGCAAGAGCAAACGUACACACGGAAAAUUUACAGCAUAAUUACAACGUCAUGUCGUCGAACAGCCCCAAAAGAGAAAAACUCGAUGUUGAAUCCCCUCAAGAUCGAGAAGCUCGAUUAGGCCAGCUCCUUCAAACCAUAACCUCUACUUCAAACCGAUCUCAAGAAAGUACACCCAUGAACCCUUUAAAUCCUUUGCCUAGCCGGCCGCAUGGUGUCCCUGAAAGUGAUGUGAUCUCUAGAGUUCGAGCUUUCCUUCCCCAGUUCCAAGCAUCCAACGACGCCCUCUUGGCUCAGGCUCGAGAGAACCCAGACUCGGUCGAUAUAGAAAAGGGACAAAGCGGCCAGUACAUCUCCAUGGAUCUGGGAUUGGGAGUCUUUGAUGCCCCCGAAAAUCCGAAAGGAGACAUGGGACCUGUUAUCGCCACACAGCCUCCAGCAUCGCUGACACGUCAACAAGAGGACGUUGAUGAAGAAGCGGAUAGCGACAGCGAUGGCGAUGACGAUGUUGAUGGUACGGAGAGCAGUAGUAGUGAAAGCGAGAGUGAAGACGAGGCCAACGGGAAGGUAGAACUGAAUGCGAAAGAUAAGCAGGAGUCGAAGAAAACCUGAACAUCAUGACAACACACUGCAAUCCAUAUCAUAGUAGAAUUAUCAAUGUACUGUACAAUUUGUGCCGA